AUGAACCAAGACGACUUCCGGCAGAUACUAGCGAGCCGCACGCCUCAGAGCGGUACACAGAGCUAUGGGGGGAAGCGCAGCUUAACAGAGAUGGACCUCAUGGAUAUGAAGAAGCUGCUGGCGAAGAAUGGAAAGAAAAAGAGCAAGAAGUCGAUGCCUGCUGCGCUAUCAAGUGGAGCCGAAGCAAAGUCUCCUGGACAAAAUAGUUUGUAUCGAGAUCGAGCAGCCGAGAGACGCAUUGGAAGCACGGGGGAUAUGAUUGAUGCUGACGCUUACCGACACAUUGAUGCUGAGCAGAGCAAGUUUUUAGGGGGAGACAUGGAGCACACACAUCUGGUCAAAGGCUUGGACUAUGCUCUUUUGGCUCAAUUGAAGCGAGAAAAGCAGAAGCUGCUGGCUAAAAAGAUGAAGGAGGAGGAGAUUGGAUCGGCUAGUGGUGCCAAGGCGGGGAAAGAGUCAAAGGCUGGUGGUAGCGUCCUCACGUUCAAGACGCGGAUGGGGAGAAGGGUGUAUUUCCAAGCGUGUCAGAGUAUAUUUACACCCACUACGCCCGUGAAAUCCGACUUGUUCUUGCCUGGCAGAAUGUACUACAUUUUUCCUCUAUCGUCGACGGUGGAGAAUGCGGGUGUCCCGGUGAGUGUGCAGAGGAGCAAAAAAGACUGUCCAGAGCCAAAUGACACGGCGAGUGGGUUUGUUGACGAGUCGCUUAUUCAGCGAGUGAAGCAAGUGAUGAUCAAUCGGAAACAAGGCAGCCAAAUGCGCAAGAGAACAAAGAAGACGGGUGCUUAUGACUUGCCGGAUGAAGGUGUGAGUGGUAGUACUAGUGUUAAAGAAGAGAAUGAUGUGGAAGAGAAGACUGCUGAAGGCGGGGAUGAAGCUGCUACUAUUAUUGACGAUGAGGACGAUAUCUUCCCUGGCGUUGGCGAGUACGUCCCGAUUGAUCAGCGGGUCGACGAUCACUUGGCUACACCAUCCGGUGAAGGGAUGAACGGGAAACUAAACUACUUCGAGAACCUCAGUGCUUCCAUCACUGAAAAGGAGGGAGUAGCUCGAAAGAAGGAGGAAGACGCGGAGCGUUCAUGGAAGGAUGCAGUGAAGAAAGCGGCAGAGGCUCAAAAGAAGUUAGAGCGAGAACGUGUGCGAAAAGAGAAGGAGGCUAAGAUGACAGGCGGUGCAGACGACUACGCAGAGUAUCAGGAUAUUGGUGUGCUAGGAAACAGCGACGAAGAGGACGAUCAGGAGAUUGCGAGACGUCGUAAGGCAGCAGGGAUUACCGGCAGUACCGAUGAAGCCGAUAUGAAGAAGAAAGCUCAUCGGAAGCAACAGAAGCAAAGCAGCAAGUUUGCAAACGAUCUUGGGAAGGUCAACAAGAUAAUGCAAGAGAAACCAAACGUGGAAUGCAAUGAAAGUGACGUGCUACGCUAG